AUGACCUCCCAUCGCUGGUCGCAACAAGUUAUCCAGGAGAGGGAAACGAAAUUAUACUCUCCCAUCCGCGAUGCUCUACUCGCGGCCUCCAUAAUUCCUGACGAUGCCGUCCGCUCACAGCCCGUCUUCGAAUUCCACCCAUUUCCAUCCACUCCAGAUCCAGAUCCAUCUCCAAGUCCAGCCCCGGCACCCCAGCCUGACCAUCCCACAAAAUUCUACAGCAUAGUUCUCACCGAUCCAGAUGCAAAGAGCCGCAAACACCCCAUCUGGAGCGAAGUGUGUCACUGGGUCGUGAGCAAUAUAUCGAGCCCCGGGUAUUCUAGUUUUCAAGGACACAUUGGCAGGAACUCAGACAGCUUCACUGGCACAACCUUGUCAUACACUCUCACCGCGCAAAUCCUGAAAUCCUACCUUCCCCCGUCACCCCUGAUAUGCACCGGUUACCACCGGUAUGUUUUCGUGCUGCUGGAGGGUGACGCGGCAACUGCGUGCAAUGUGAAUGCCCCAAGAGAGCGGAAGCAUUGGGGCUAUGGCGGAGUGAGGCUGGGUGUGCGGAAUUGGGCGAAGGAGUAUGGACUGGAGGCUGUGGGAGCUACAUUCUUCUAUGCGAAGGCGGCUGAGGGGGAAUGA